ACGUUUCCAUCAGGCUGGCCGAGGAUGGCCCGGAGAAACCGCCGGGUUGGACACUCCAUCCUGACGGAACCUUCAGGAAAACGUGGGACGCUAUAAUGGUGCUUCUACUGGUGGCCAACAUGGUGUUUGUGCCUCUGUACAUUGCGUUUUUUCCUGGGAGGGCAAGCACACGAUGGAUAAUUUUCUUGGCGAUCACCGAAGUACUUCUCAUUUCAGACAUCUUCCUCAACUUCAGAACAGGUGUGGUCGAGGACCUUACCAGAAACGUCGUCAUAGACCGCGGAGAGAUAGCCAAGCGCUACCUCCGCGGCUGGUUCCUCGUCGACGUCAUCAGCAGCGCUCCGCUAGACAUCGUGGUGUGGCUGAUACCCGUCAUCACCGGCGCGCAACCGGACCCGGACUCCGCGAUGGCCCGAGUCGUUCGGCUGCUCAACUUCGUCAAGCUGCUCAAGCUCAGUCGCCUCGUGAGAUACGGAAGCCGUACUGAGCAGAUAUUGUUCUUUCAUUCGUCUGGGACGUAUCUCCAGCUGGCCAACAUCCUGGGAAUGAUUUUCCUGGCAAUUCACUGGCACGCCUGCCUUCAAUUCUUUGUGGGCCUCAUGAUGAGGUUCCCACCGGAGUCCUGGAUCUCUAUCGCCGCACUCCAGAAGAAACCGUGGACCGAGCAGUACUCGUGGGCGGUGUUCAACACAGUGUCGCUAAUGAUGACAACCGGUUACGGCCUGGGCAAGAACACGAAGCUGCUCGUCGAAGAAUGGAUCCAGGUGCUCGGCAUGUUCGCCGGGGCCAUCUGGCAGGCUCUGCUCCUGGGCUACGGCUCCAACCUGCUCGACUACAAGGACCUUGCCAACAGGCGACGCAGGGAAAGGGUGCUUGAGGUAGAAGAGUACAUGAGUUACUACGGCAUUCCGAAGGAGUUAAGAGAGCGCAUACGGUCUUAUUACAGCUGCGAAUUCCAGAAGAAAAGCUAUCGAGAGGCUGCCAUCUUGUCGUCGUUGUCCGGUCCCCUCAAGGAGGAAGUGUUGAGUCACACCUGCCGCGACAUCUUGGCGGGCGUUCCGUUCUUCGCCAGUGCCGAUCCGGACUUUACCAACGACAUCGCGGCCAAGCUGAAGGCAGAGUUUUACCAGCCCAAGGACGUCAUCGUCCGCCAAGGGGGCACGGGUACUAAAGUGUUCUUCGUUCGCUCCGGGACGGUGGCACAAGUCGAGGGCCGGGUGGUCGUAGGAACUUGCACCAGGGGCUCUUAUUUUGGAGAGGCUUGCCUUCUGGGUCCCACUGUGCGCAAGAGGAACGUGGUGGCCGAAACGCACUGCUGCGUUUUCUCUCUCCUGGCAACCGACUUCCACGCUGUGCUUCGGCGCUAUCCGGUCCUUGAAGCGGCGUUCAAAGCACUCUCGUUUCAGCAGCCUCGGCCGUCGCCGACGCCCGACGACGACACCUCCGAGACGAGCCCUUAUUUGGGCGGGCAAUCUCAAGCCGAGCCAAUUCAGGCCGAGCCUGCUGAAACCGACCCACUUCAAGCCGGGCUCCGAUGGGACAUGAUCAUAAUUGUGAUUAUGGCGAUUAGCGUGGUUGUCAUUCCGAUGGAAGCGGCUUAUUUCGAAUCGGACGACUCCGAAACCGUCGAAUGGAUCGUCUUCAACGUCAUCUCCGACAUUUUCUUUAUGGUGGACAUCGCCUUCAACUUCAGGACAGGAAUCGUUGUUCGUGAGGAGUAUGACCGUGUGGUCAUGGACCCGUGGAUUAUUGCCAAAGACUAUCUGGGACACUGGUUCAUUGUGGACAUUAUUAGUGGCUUUCCGUUUGACUACGCUCUGGCUCUGGUAACCAUGUUCAUGGAAUACUCAGACGGUGGGGGAAAGACGAAUAGUUUUGCCAAAGCUGCGAGACUGCUUCAGCUCAGCAAAUUUCUCAAGCUUUGCAAGCUUCUCAGGCUCAGCAAGCUUAUCAGAUACCUCAGCUCUUUCGAGGAAAACUAUGUGAGUACCAUUAUAGUGAAUCGAAAAUAG